GGUUGGGUUGUUCCAUCUGGCCGUUCUCGGUUCUAAUAAGACUGGUCCCAAUAUAUCUAUCAGUAAGGUCUGGUUGGUCUGGUCUCAAAGAUUAACUAUACUCAUGUAUAUAGUUUAUCAUUUUAGCCUUCAUUAUCAAAAAAUAAAAUUCGUGCAAUAA